AAACUUGGCUGAAGAUAUUUAUAAGAUAUUUGAAUGAUAUUUGAAGAUCUCGACCGAUUUUAGUCGUGAUCAAGCAUCAAAAACGGGGACAGGAGGGAUAAGCUUUAAAUAUUACAAAAAAAGUAUAGUUAAAAGAGGCUGGUUUAUGAGGAGAGGUCGUGUGUCGUAUAACGUCAAAAUUAAUUGCUUCGGAUUCGUGAUUUACGUUAUAGAUAGCAAGAUCAACUUUGCUACAGCGGCAUUUUCAAUGGAGCGCGUUAAAUAGAGAUCACAGAGAUAAUUUUUUGGAUGCUUAUCUGCUUAUCAGCCUAGCUCGACAUUGAACUGAACUUUGUAUUUGGAGUGCAAAUAAAUAUCUCGGUGAGAUAUCGGAAUAUACCGGAAUAUCAGUAAUGUCAGUGAGAAGGAUAUUCGAUGACUUGUGAUUAAAGAUAAAUGGGAACAUCACGGCGACAUUGAUUCUGAUUAGUCCUGUUGACAUCUGUCUUCUAUACAGAGGAUUCAGUGAGAAGACAGCUAGGUUGAAAGAAGAAAAAUUUAUCUUGUGAUAUUAUCUUGUAAUUUUAAACAAUGAGAACUGAGAAGAGGAAAUCCAAAAAUUUAUCAAGCAUGCCUGCAAAAUCUAAAGACACAGAGGUUCUGUGGUCAGAUAUAGCUGGUCGAAUUUUAAUAAAUGCAAUCUCUUAUCCUAUUGAAUAUGUGAAGGUUUUGAUACAGAUUGGAUAUGAACCUAUUCCACCCAAACCAACUGUGACAUUGUUUGGCAAACCAGCGUUAAAACUACCUAAUGCCUUUACUUAUAUUAAACACAUAAAAAAUGUGGAUGGCUUCACAGGAUGCUACAGAGGCCUGGUGCCUAAAGUGUGUUCUUAUACAGUUAGCACAAUAGCAUGUGACAAAACUAUGGAAUAUCUACAGAUGAACUCAGUACAGCAAAACGAGAAUGAAGACGAUGAAGAUGAAACCAUGAAACGUAAGAGGUGUAUAAAUGAAAUCAUCAAGGAUGUAAUCAGUAGAACAGUUGCAAUCAUAGUCAGUCAUCCUCUAGAAGUUAUUUCAUUAAGAAUGAUGGCACAAUUUGUGGGUAGAGAGACAAAAUAUAGUCUAUUUGGGUCAUUCCUGGAGAUCUAUAAGGAAAAUGGAAUCCUAGGAUAUUAUUCAGGAUUGAUACCACGCGUUAUAGGAAGCGCUGCAGUUAUCGUUCUAACUGGUGUUUCCACAUAUGCCAUAAAUAAUUACAUCAUUCAAGAGCCGGCAAUGAAACCAUAUACAGCAUCCACUGUGAAAUUUGUAGCUACUACCGUUAUGUACCCGUUCUUAGUAGUGUCGCACUGCAUGGUGGUAAAUAACUGUGGGUUAGUAGCUGGUCUCCCACCAUACAUGCCGAUUUAUAGAAACUGGCUGCACUGUUGGUCUCAUUUAUCUGCUCACAAUCAGCUUAAAAGAGGCAGCAGCUUGUUAUGGCGUUAUUACACCGGGCCACAAAUGUUGUUGAAUGGCAAAUUGAUAUCGACUAUGGGUGACAAUUUUUACCAGCCCAGUCCUUAAUGAACGUCUUAAAUAUAUAUGAAAGACAGAAGGACAGAGAAAUUUUGGUUGCAACGAAUUUCUAUAUGAAGAUCACCUGCUGAAUAUUCUUGUAAAAGAUUAACUCGUUGUAAAAAUGAAAAAAAGGCAAAAUAAUUACAAUCAAUCGAGGCAAUUAAAAGUAAACUAUAAAUAAGUGUCACCGCAAUCUUUUCUAACGAGAAAAUCAACAAUCAUUAAAUGUAUCAUUUUCAAUACACAUUUAUAAUGACCACGAAGUUAGUAGUUAUUUCUUAAUUGUUUUCUAGUGUGACUAUCACUCUGAUUUUUUUUUAUAAGUGAAAUGUCGUAUCUAUGAUCACUUUAAUCGAUUCUAUAUUUUCAAAUCAAGUCUGUAAUAAUACUUGUAAAUAAAACUGGAUAUAUAAAUUGGAACAAACAUUGUAUAGCUGCAAUAAAAAGUGAUGUUAAAAGAAA